CGCAACUCUAUGAUAGUCUUUUCAGACAUUGACAACCUGACCGUUCUCACUGUGGACUAGUACAUUCAGGGGCAUAGUCGCAAUAACCGAGCAGACCACCCCCGACGACGUCAGAACGAGGAGCACCGGCACACGUCAUGCUACGGCCACAGGCUCGGAAUCGCAAAAAACGCGGCCGUGAGGCCUCGGAAUCAACAGAGGAAUCUGACGCGAUCCUCCGCAGGAAGAUUAACAACGAUGGCAUUAGCUUACGCAGGACCAAACUCACGCCCGCGCGACGGCGGCGGCGUUCUGCCCGCCCCAACGCCCGCAGACGACCCGCGACGGAGUGGGACGAUCCGAAUCUCAACCCUGGCUGGGAGGACUUGAGGGCGCCAUCUUCGGAGUCGGAAUCGGAACCAGAAUCGUUUUACGGAGAAAAGGAAGAUGAAGAGUAUGAAGAGGUGUUAGGCCUGGGACCUUGGACUGCGUCCAGGAGCUCACGGGGCCGGUCUCUGGUGCAGUCGACACGGCAGCCGGUGGACCGCACGAGGAGGCGGUAUCAAGAACCAGGCUCGCUGCAGGUGCGGGACGGGUACUCAAUCUCAAUAUCGAGUGGCCUCAGGGGAGGCACUAACUCUGAACCCCCGGAAGGCGACUCAUCCACCACGGCGCCGACACCCUCCACGUCGAAGGAGGACAAGUUGAAGCAAAACAUAGCCAGGAUAGAGAAUUGGGUCAAGCUUCUCGGGGACCGCGAGGCAAACUGGAAGCGGGUCGAGGCGGGCGCCAUGCACCACCUCGCUGUGACGAUAGAAGCAUGGCACUGCCAGAACCCCACCGUCGGCGUGGCUUGUAUGCGAACCCUGCCGCACAACACGCCCACGUGCUCCAGGCUGCUGCCCUGGAUAGUCGGGAGCAUGAAGAAGAAGAAAACCGCCGGCAAGGAGCUGAAGCUCGUGCAAGACGAACUCACCAGGGCGCAGCAUCACGCUGGCAUGCUGAGGAGGGAGGCCGAGAGUGCGAGGGGGGAGGCUGCUAACCACGAAACUGCUGAGGCCGAGCGGUAUGCGGAUUGGGCAUACCAGCAGACGCUGCGAGGAGAUGUCGGUUCCGCCUCGACGCAGCCUUACGAAGGGACUGUCUGCAACCCGGAUUCCAAGGGUAUUAAUGUUGUCGAUCUUGACGCCAAUCCCAGCAAGGAUGAAGAUGAGAAACCUCAAGCGCUGGCGAGCCCGGUGGAGAUCGUCAACUUGACAGGUUCGUCAGACAAUUCCGUUCAGCCACGGGCUUUUGAUUCACAGCGUACCCUCAAGCCAACCCCCAUCGACACAGAUGAGACACCACAGCCGCCACCCCGACGGACUGCUCCUUUUGACCAGCGGUGGAACCCAUCCCGCGACACCAUUCGGUUUGGGCCGCAGCGGGAUCCAUCUCCACCGCCCGUUCGUCAUAAUCAACGGCAAGAUCUAUUCAAAUUUCCAGGAACCACUGGUCCUGAGAAGCAACGAAAUCCAUCUGUAGGGACCACUCGUUCUGGCCAGCGGCGGAAUCAAUCCACAGCGACCAACCGUCCUGACAUGCGGUGGGAUCCAUCCACACAGACCAUCAAUUUUGAACCUCGUCGGAAUCCGUCCCCGCCGGCCGCUGGUUCCGACCAGGAAUAUAAUCCAUUUUCAGCGGCCGUUAAUACUGGCCGGCGGCGGGAUCAACGCCGCGGCUCAGUCCUCCCACCUCCGAGGCCCAUUCCUCGCCCGGUCGAAAUCAACUCCCCCGUCGUCAACGUCUUUGACGCCCCCGCGUCGAACGUCUCUCAGAUCGAGAGAGAAAGAGCCCUGAGGCGACAACAGGACUCCAACCGCAGGAAGAGGAAGCGGGAGGGCGACAGGCGGAGCGGUGGUGCCAGCGCGGAAGGCGCCGACGCGCAGAGGGAUGGAGGAAGCAAGCCGCCCGACGACGCCGGAACGGAUCCCAAGAGGAGAAAGCUGGAAGAGGAUCUGGCUGCGUACAAGGCCAGGGAGUUGAAGAAGAUCGAUGAAGAGGGCGCGGCUUGGGAGGCUGGAGUUCUCAAUUGGAUCGCAGUCAAAGCUAGGCAUCUGUUUGAAUAGAGCGUGUACUUUUUUUUUGGGGCUUCAUAGUUUUAUUGUUUUCUUUUGUUCUUUGUUUGUCG